AUGGCGACGCCACAAUACGCACUGCCGGUCGGGUCUCUGAUUCUCGUUACGGGAGCCAAUGGUUACAUCGGAUCGCACGUCGCAGAUGUCCUCCUUGGUCUGAAAUAUCGCGUUCGGGGUACUGCUCGAGAGGAUAAGCCCUGGUUGAACGAGCUCUUCGAAACCAAGUAUGGCAAAGGCGCGUUUGAGUCUUUCGUGCUUCGUGACAUGCAGGAUGAGAGCGAUUGGGAAUUGGCCAUGCGUGGAAUUGAUGGAGUUGUGCACGUCGCUGGCGACGUCAGCAUGAACACGGAUCCUUCCGUGGUUAUCCCCCAGACGCAGCAAGCAACCAGGAAUAUUCUGAAUGCUGCUGCCAAGAACCCGCAAAUUCAACGUUUUGUUCUGACCUCCUCAUCGUCUGCUGCAAUCAUACCGAAGGCGAAUGUCAAGGGAGCCGUCAUUGAUCAGAGCACGUACAACGAUGAAGCAGUGGCAGCAGCGUGGAGUAACGAGACCCCUGAAGUAUCCAAAGGAUACGCUGUCUACGCCGCGGCGAAGACAGAGGGUGAGCGUGCAGCCUGGGAAUGGAACAAAGACACCAACCCAGGCUUUGUUUUGAACACUGUUCUUCCCAAUUACAAUGUGGGAGAAAUCUUGGUACCGAAAUACCAGCACGGUUCGACGAUGGGCUUUGUGCGUAGUUUUUGGAAGGACAACUACUUCGCGUUCGACACUAUGCCUCCACAAUAUUAUGUCCAUGUCCGAGACUGCGCACGGCUUCACACGGUGGCCUUGCUUGACUCGGCCAUUAAAAACGAGCGCAUCUUUGCCUUUGCAUACGAGUUUAACUGGACAGAUGUUAUCCGGAUUCUCCGCACACUGCGACCGAACAAGACUUUCCAGGACCCGCCGAAGAACGAGGGCCGCGACUACACGGUGGUUACUGGAAGGGAGCGCGCAGAAUCUCUGCUCAAAAGCUUUUUCGGUCAAGACGGAUGGGUUGAUUUAGAGACAGGUCUUGCAGAGGGCAUUGAAGACUUGGAUUAG